AUGCGGCCCCGCCGCCCUUACCUACGCGGCCCCGCCGCCCUUACCUACGCGGCCCCGCCGCCCUUACCUACGCGGCCCCGCCGCCCUUACGUCGCGGCCCCGCCGCCCUCACGUCGCGGCCCCCGCCGCCCUCACCUACGCGGCGCCGCCGCCCCUCACCUCCGCGGCCCUCGCCGCCCUCACCCUACGCGGCCCCGCCGCCCUCACCUUCGCGGCCCCGCCGCCCUCACCUACGCGGCCCCGCCGCCCUCACCUUCGCUGCCUCGCCGCCCGUGCCUACGCGGCCCCGCCGCCCUCACGUCGCGGCCCCGCCGCCCAAACCUUCGCGGCCCCGCCGGUCUCCCCUCCUGCCGAGCCGCCCGAGCAGCCGCCCGCCACGCCGCCCGGUACAAGAGCAGCCGAGCCGCCCAGCAGCAGCCGCCGAGCCGCCGGGCCCGCCGAGCCGCCAGUCCAGCCGAGCCGCCCCAGCAGCAGCCGCCGAGCCGCCAGGCCGCCGAGCCGCAGUACAAGCCGAGCCGCCCAGCAGCAGCCGCCGAGCCGCCGGGCCGCCGAGCCGCAGUACCGCCGAGCCGCCCCGCAGCCGAGCCGCACUACUGCGAGCCGCCCGACCUGCCCUGUCUGGGUCGAGCCAUUGACUUUGAGGUCUGGGUCGAUGACCUGCAGCUGUUUUUACAGUGCGAUAGGGCGGACGGUCUUUCUCUCUUUGACCUCACCUCUGGCGCCUCCCUUGCUCCUGCUGCUCAUGCUGACCCCACUGUUCGCUCUCAGUGGGCCACCCGCGAUGCUGCUGCACAUCUUGCUGUGCAUCGCCACCUGCCUACCACUGAGCGCGCGCACUUUAGUCAGUACAAGAGUGCUCAGACCUUGGACCACUUCCUCUCAGUCUGUCCCACCACCCUCACUGUCAACCUCCUCGAGAAGGCCCUCCUAGCGGCGGAGAAGAGCAUAGUCGCUGUAGGAGCCUCUCGUGGUGACCCGCGCACCCCCAUCUUUGAGGGGUGUUCUCCUUCCCCCCUGCUGCCCUCUGUUGCCUCUGCUGCUGCUGCCGACCUGCUUGGCCUUGAGUCGGUCGGCGCGGCGUCUGCCCCUAGCGGGAGAUGCUGCCCUGGCAAGGGCAAGGGGGGCAAGGGCGCGGGUGGAGCUGGCGGGGGCGGUGGAGGUGGCAGUGCCGGUGGCGAGGGAGUGGGGGUGGCGGUGGGAGUGGUGGUGGGGGUGGUGGUGGUGGUGGCGGCAGCGGAGGCGGCGGCGGUGGCGGCGGCGGCGGUGGGAGCGGAGGCGGCGGUGGUGGCGGAGGUGGAGGCGGCAGUGGCGGAGGAGGUGGAGCCGGUCGGGGUAGUGCCCCUCAGCGGGACGGCUCUGGUGGUGGUCAGCGCCAGCAGCAGCAGCAGCAGCAGCAGCGUUCUCGGGACAUCCCCCCGCCUCAGCAGCUCCGUGAGUGGACCUUCCUGUGUCCCCUGUGUCGAGGGGCGGCUCUGGGCUGCCCCUCACUCCUCCUAG